AGUGGUCUUACCUCAUUUAUUUAUUUGUAUUUUUCCUCUGUACCGAGCCCCAUGGAAAUGGAACAGCCGACACUUGUUUUAGAAAGCUUGUGCUUGUGCACGUUUUGUUGUUUUGGGAGUGGUGACGAUUGCGGGGGCGUGGUGGUGGUUGGUCCGCUUUUGUGUUAUUUUGCUUUGUGGUUGCUUGUUAAUUGUGUGAAGCUAAGUACAAAACAAGGCCGAGAAGCGUGGAAGAUAAUCUGACUGGAACGUAAACGUUCUGUCGGUUUGUCGGACAAUUACAAUUCAAGAUCAUGUCUUCAAUCAAGUCCAUGCGAGUGGGGAAGGUAGAGAAACCCCGGCCUCUGAAGUCCGCGAGUUCCUCUUCAAUAGUCGGGAAAGGAGUGGACGAUGUGCUGGCCGACCUGGAGAAGGUGUGCCGUAUGAUCGCCAGCGAGACCUUCACGUCAGCCACCAGCUCGGCCAUCACCAGCCUGUCGUUCCACAUGAAGAUGAUGGGACACCAGCUGGAGGGCAUCUGUAAAGACGAGCUCGAUAAGCGUUUUGUGCACCUGCGGAACGGGUGCCGGGACGACCGGCUGGACCGGGCGUCUCGUGUGCGCCUGUUGGAGCUGGUGGAGCUGCGCGCGCAGCACACGCCCUGGUCGUGCAACGAGAACGUCACCAACUACUACCGCCAGAUGCUGCAGCUCAUCGAGAGUCAGCCGGCGGCGGUGGCGGCGUCGCCGCUGUGCGAGGCGCCGCCGGCCUCCAGCCCGCUGUCGCCGACGCUGGCCGAGCCCCCGCAGCUACCACCGCUGCUCACUCCGGGGGAGGUGAUCCGCGGCUCGGGCAAGUACCCCAAGCCGACCAAGAUCCAGGGCAAGUACAAGGACGAGGUGGUCAUCCGAAACUGCGACUCCGGAAAAGUGAUGGGCAUGAAGGGCAUUCGGGUUCAUAAGAUAGAGGAGAUGAGCCAAACAGUGAUCUCGUUCCAGCGAGUGGCCGCCGGAGCCAAGGAGCGACUGGUCCAGAUCACCGGGCCGGCAGAGGAGAACGUCCUCCGGGCCCGUGAGCUGAUUGAGGAGGUGAUUCGACGGAACGCGUCCCCGGCGCGCGACGAGCGUGGCUCCACCUACUCGCUAACGGCUGGCGAGUCGACUGGAAGCCUCAACAGCGCCAACUCGGACGAGAACGGUGGUCCGAGGAAGAAUGGAUCGAACGACUUCGGCUCGCUGGGCGAGUUCAAGUACACGGUGUUUGUGGGAGAGCACACCAUCAAACUCACCGGCAAAAAUGUGGACAUUGUUAACACGGCCAAGCUGGUGCUGGACGAGUACUUUAACUCUGCGCUGUCCUGCGACCCGGACGCCUGUGGUCUGGACACGGUGCCCGAGGCUGACCCCAACCUGCUCGGCGCCGGUGACAGCCAGGUGCGCGACUGUCCCUCGCCGACGGAGCUGAUCGCCGCUGAGGCCUGUGUGGUCACCACUCCACCGUCCGGACCGCCCUCCCAGCCUCCGUCGCUGCUGAGUCUGCGCCAGCCCGAGCCGCCAGUCACCACCCAGUCCCAGCCCCAGGAGAAGGCGCCGGCCCAGCCCGAGCCGCGGCGCACCACCACCAUCUAUAGCCGGCGGCUGCCGGUGGCCGCCAGCGCCACGGCCGAGGUGCCCACCGCCGCGCCCUCCGCCGGACCGGCUAACACGGCCAACGCUGAGCGCGGCUCGUCCAAGCCGGCUACCCGCAGCUACACGCGGCCCGAGCUGCUGAUGUACUCGCGCUCUGCUGUGGCGCGCUACCCUCCGCGCGGCUGGGCAGAGGUCCGGGAGCGUCAUCCGACCAUCACCAGAGCGUCGGCCAAGGUGUUCGACCCGGAGGAGUUCUCUGCGCGCCCGCGUCAGACCGCCGUGUUCUGUCGUCAGGGCUCUGCCGAGUCGGCCAGCCGCUCCCCCACGCCGCCCUAGAGACCUCACCUGCCAGUCAGUCAGUCGGGCACAGAGAGACGGUCUUAUAUUCAGACAGUCGGUCGGUCUUAUAUUCGACAGACGCAACGUCCCGUCCCUAGGCUAUGUUAUUCGGUUCCUUUGACGGAUGUUCAGAUUCGCCGUCGAUGUUUAAUCCUGAAACAGUAUAUCCUUUCUGGCCGAUUCGCAUCGGUUAUCCCACCCCUCGGCCUCUCGUAUGUGCACUUAUUUAAACCAAUCCUCCCCUCUAUCAUAUCCCUGACAAUGAACUUCCUCCCCUACGCAGCACUCAGCGCCAAAGAUAACCCGCUUGUAAGCCGUAGAUGUCGGUGGACGGUUCUGUUUAGCUCCGCGAUGUACUGUGGCCAGCCUUACAACUGUGUCUUUCCAAUGGACAGGUCAGGAUACCUUGUCGCGAUCAUGGGAAUCUUCCAGGUAGAUCCACUGCUUUCUAUACGGAUCAAAUGAGUAAUGCCCUUGGCACAACCGCUGCCGCUGCCGUGUCUCGCAACCUGUUGUAAUCUAGCAUUUGUUUACAAACUGUUGACACUAUUCGAGAUAGCUGUUGGCGACAAUGAGCUAGCUCUGUGUGCGUGUAAUGCGUGAGCGAGCGUCUGAGUGUAAAUUAACGUGUGCUUGUGUGAGGCGGAAGCUGCCAGAGCGAGACUAUCUGUGAAUUGUGUACUGCGCCGCGGCGCCAGAGCGGUCACCUGGCUGGUAUGGCCCACCGUGGUAGCGAGACCUUGCCGCGCCCUAUUCCUAAUGAGAGCUGCGGGCGCCUCAGCUGCGGUAUACCAUCUGCGGGCUACGUGUCGGACCUAUUCUGCCGGCGUGCUGACUGCCCGUGCUGCGCCGAACACCAUCAGCGUAGUGGCGCAGUCGAGGCAGCCCUACGCAGUGCGGACACCGCGCCCAGGACCAGACGAGAGCGGCCUCCGCAGCGGUGAGUGUGACAAAUUCGAGAGACUUCCAGACUGCCAGUUAUUGUUAUGAGGCCGGCAAUGACCGAGGAGUGCACAUAAUCGUAGUAGGGCCUGUCUCAUGCAGCAAAAUCGACAAACUUACGCCCGGGAAAAAUUCAGUACAGAUAACACUGUUUUAAUUGUUGAUGCAUGAUGGGGCGAUAAUUUUUGUGAAUCGUUAAUGGUCUGUAUUCUGAUGACCGUAUGUCCGGAUUCGUAGCUUUGUCACUUCUCUGCGAUGAGACUGUCCCGUUUAUGUGGUCACGGGUGAGCGGUCAGCGCCGUCUGCCCCGCCCCGGCUCAGCCCGGGUGAACGGCCACCAAAACUGCCGGGCCGGGUCGUGAGAACUGUGACGGUCAGUGAGACGGCCAGUUAUCGGUGCAAAAAUGUGUUAUAUAUGCUGUGUGAGUGUGGCUUCCUUUCCCAGUUAACGCGUUGGCCCAAAGUGCCUAGUUGCAAUACAUUAUUAUAUUUAAACGACA